CUUCGGUCGUGUCAGUUGCUACCGAUUGCUCUGAAGCGCAGGUUCUUAAGAGAAGCGACACUAUGAAGUCGUGCUACUAUCGAGUGCUUUUCAGCUGUGCCCUUGUGGCACUCUCCCUCCAGAGUGUGGCCGCCGAGGUGAUUAACUUCCGGCAGUGUCCCGGUGAAGCGAAAUGUGCCAUUACCGAUGUCUCGAUCACACCGUGUCCGGAAGCGGCCGAAGGUCGUGCCUGUGUCGUGUAUUCUGGUUCCAAUGUAACCAUCUCGUUUGACUUUACACCCGCGUUCUCCUCCAACGAGCUGACGGCGGAUGUGUACUGGACCCAGCCAGCCAUAGAUUUGCCGUUCAUUGGGAUGGAUCCGGCCGCCUGCAAGUACACCGCCUGUCCGGUUACCAAGGACACCAAGCAGAACUACACCUACGAUUUGAACAUCAAAAAGUCGUACCCAGCGCGACAAUACGAUGUCAAGUGGAAGCUGGUCGGUGAGAACGCUGGCGACGAGUGUUGUUUUAUCUUGCAGAUCAACAUCACCAAGAAGAAGAAGCGCACCUAGAUGGCACACAUGGCGCAUGUGCUGGACAAGGGUUAAUUCGCGUGAGAACGUUAUGUGUAUGCCCACGAUCAUCGGACGCGAUCAUACGCGGCCACUGGAAAAGGUAGAUCAAUAAAAUGGUUCUUAUUAGCAGCCGUA